CGAGGACUUCUACCGCGAGGCCAUCGAGCACUGCCGCAGCUACAACGCGCGCCUGUGCGCCGAGCGCAGCCUGCGCCUGCCCUUCCUCGACUCGCAGACCGGCGUGGCCCAGAACAACUGCUACAUCUGGAUGGAGAAGACCCACCGCGGCCCGGGUUUGGCCCCCGGACAGAUCUAUACGUACCCGGCCCGCUGUUGGAGAAAGAAACGGAGGCUCAACAUCCUGGAAGACCCCAGACUCCGGCCCUGCGAGUAUAAGAUUGACUGUGAAGCACCGCUGAAGAAGGAGGGUGGCCUCCCCGAAGGGCCAGUCCUUGAGGCUCUCCUGUGUGCCGAGACAGGGGAGAAGAAGAUAGAGCUGAAGGAGGAGGAGACCAUUAUGGACUGCCAGAAACAGCAACUACUGGAGUUUCCGCAUGAUCUUGAAGUGGAAGACCCAGAGGAUGACAUGCCCAGGAGGAAGAACAGGGCCAAAGGAAAGGCAUACGGCAUCGGGGGGCUCCGGAAACGCCAGGACACCGCUUCCCUGGAGGACCGAGACAAGCCGUAUGUCUGUGAUAUCUGUGGGAAACGGUAUAAGAACCGGCCAGGGCUCAGCUACCACUACACCCACACCCACCUGGCUGAGGAGGAGGGGGAGGAGAACGCCGAACGCCACGCCCUGCCCUUCCACCGGAAAAACAACCAUAAACAGUUUUACAAAGAAUUGGCCUGGGUCCCUGAGUCACAGAGGAAACACACAGCCAAGAAGGCGCCUGACGGCACUGUCAUCCCCAACGGCUACUGCGACUUCUGCCUGGGGGGCUCCAAGAAGACAGGGUGUCCUGAGGACCUCAUCUCCUGUGCUGACUGUGGGCGAUCAGGACACCCCUCGUGUUUACAGUUCACGGUGAACAUGACGGCGGCCGUGCGCACCUACCGCUGGCAGUGCAUCGAGUGCAAGUCCUGCAGCCUGUGUGGCACCUCGGAGAACGACGGUGCCAGCUGGGCGGGUCUCACCCCCCAGGACCAGCUGCUGUUUUGUGACGACUGCGAUCGGGGUUACCACAUGUACUGCCUGAGUCCCCCCAUGGCGGAGCCCCCGGAAGGGAGCUGGAGUUGUCACCUCUGUCUUCGGCACCUGAAAGAGAAGGCAUCUGCCUACAUCACCCUCACCUAGGCCUGGCUCUGGCUCGCCCGGACCUCUGGGGUGAUGCCUGCCUACCUGCCUCUCCUCUUGGAGCUCCUCCACUCUCUCCCCAUCCUUAACGCCCCACAGUGGGAGGGGCGGGGGGAGCCAGAGAGGGGGCCAGGGGGCCGGGCCACCCCCUCCCCUCUGAGCAAGUGGAAUGUUUGCCCUGUGGGUUGGUGGGCCCAACAGGGUCCUCUCCCUUCCUCCCUCCUUCCUCACCCCCUUGGCAAAUGGGUACCAGGGCCUUCUGCUCCCCUCAAAGCCAUACCCCGCCUCUAGGCGGGCACGAGGGGUGGUGGAUGCCGGCUGGGGGCACGGACAAAGCCUUUUUCUAAAGAAAAAGUCAAAAACUUAAAAAAAAAAGAGAGAAAUUAAUAUAUAACAAAGAGUCCUAUAAGGUCUGGCUGGGUGGAGGGGGCACUGCUGAGCGCAUCUACUGGGCACCAGUCUACGCCAGCGUCCUGCCUGGCGGCCCCUCCCCCCAGCCCCUGGAGUUGCAGCUGUCCCACCUCCCCACCCAAGACGGGCACCAUCCCCUCCUUGGGCCCCGGGUCGGGGGGCGUGGUGUCCAUCCCUCGCCCCCUCGGUGCCCACCGUGGAUACUGCAUGACGAUGUGAACCAUGGUUUUGAAUUCCGUUCCUGCUCCCUCCCUGAGAGCCCUGCCCGCCUGCCCGUGCCCACUCCGUGCCUGCCGGCCUUGGCUGGCCGUCGCCGGUGGGGCGAGGCGGGCCCCUGCCCAGCGCCUGCUGGAAUGAGAAGCACAGACUCUGCAACGGACUAGAUUCUCCCCCUUCCCCUCCCCGCCCCUCCCUGCCACCCUCGCGGGCCACUUUUGGGUCACGAGGGGGCGUGGUUGUUUCUUGUGGUUGUGUGUGUUUGUUGUUCGGGUUUAAAAAAAAAAAAAAGGGAAAUCGAGACUGCAAGUGGGGGAAGUGGUGGGCUUGGGGGAGUCUCCCCUCAAUCCAGGCGUGCCCACCCCCCCUUGUCAAUGAGUCUCCUUUAUUGCCUGCCUCUGCUGUGAAUUAACUUGUUCUGUGUAUUAAAGUGGGGCUGACCCCUCUGCCCACAUCGUUGGC